AUGUCCACUAAUGGCAAUCACGAAGCUGUCGGAACGAAACGAUCGUUGAGUCCCGAUGAAGACGACAGCCAUGCGACGCCGCAGGUCGGCCGACAGAGAAGUCGCGUUGCAUGUACUCCAUGUCGCGUACGCAAGCGCCGCUGCGACGGAAGACUGCCGUGUGCCACCUGCGUGAGAUAUGAGUACCAAUGCGAGUAUGACCAGAAGGCGAAACGUCCAUCACUGCCCAAGGAUGCGGAUGUGGCAGCGAUACCGCCACCAGCGCCAGUCGUGGGCAGCACUGCGCCCAGCAUCAUUCAGCUACAGAAGCAUCCACUGACGGCACCUGGCGCUCGUUUUCAUCAUCGUGGUAUCCUGGACCCCGUCAAGACUCGCUUUGUGAGAGCAAACUCGGCCAUCGCAUUUCCUCGUAUCCUGGGCAUGGACCUCGAAUCAGACAGCAUACCCAGACUGCACUCCUUUGCCUGGAAUCUGGGUAUUCGUGCAGAGCCGGACGAGCCUCCCACUAAUGUCACAGAACACAUGACCUGGGCCGAGUUCCAGACUCUGUCUGCAGCGUACUUCAAGUUUGUAAAGCCACAGUUUGGGCUGCUCGAGGAGGCAGAUUUCAUGGAACAAGUGGCUCCCCGGUUCGCGGACCCUGCGGGCGUCAAAGAUAUCGACUGUGUUGCGCUCGGUGUCGCCGCGUUGGGCUCCUUUUUCUCUGCUACGCCGCAUCCGAAGGAGGUGUCAUUCAUGUUCGACGCAAGAAGGGUGUUGGUGCAGCGGAGUGUCAGCAACUCUCCUACGCCAAAUCACGUCGCUGGUUGGAUUUUGCGGACCAUCUAUCUACGACUCACCUCGCGACCGCAUGGCGCGUGGAUCUCCAGCUGCAUCACCAUGCAUCAAGUGGAAGCUGGAGGAUUGCACAAGGAGAUUCAGACGAUCGCUGUCGUGUACCCUCAAGUACCCACUAAUGAUCACAAGCUGGCAAAGAAUCGUAGAAGACUCUUCUGGAUUGCUCGGGCAUUGAAUACCAUUCUCUCUUUCGAAUAUGGACGCACAAGAGUCAACUUCGAUGUGGUCACCACGAAGAAGUUUGCACCGGAGAAUGGUAGUCAAGCCCACCAAUUCGUGGAACUCGCCGACCUCUUACCCAACGACUUUGUUGAUCGUGACCGAGAACCGGACCCUCCAGCAGCAUUGGGCAAAGCUCUUGACAAGAUCGAGGCUAUGCAGACAGAGUCCAGCUUUAUAUCUCUUCUCAAAGCGGAUCUUUCAUUCGCCAUUUACCGCAGGUUGUGGCUGAUGAGUUUGACAGAUGCAAAGGAUCGUGCAGAUACUGUCAUUAGUAUUGGCAAAGCUGCACUGCCAGCGGCGUCGAAGCUACUGGCAAGCAGAACGCCCUGGUGGAAUGUCAUAUGCACCCCUUUCCAGCUGGUAUGUGUGGUGAUAUCUGUCGGGACGCCCAGAAGCCUUUCGCACAUUCAGGAGAUUAUGAACUUGAUGCACAACAUCGCACGGGUGUACGACACUCACAUGGUGCGCGAGGCAUACACGCAGGCUACCGCUCUCAUUGCCAUGGCAAAGAAGCGCAAGCAAAAGGAACUCGAUGCACUCAAUGCCAUACCGGAGAAUCCGCCCUUUCCGACGGAUUAUCCGUCGACUGGGCAGAGUAGCAUACUGUCAGACGCUCCGAACAUCGACUGGGCUAUGGAUCUCCCUUUUGAAUGGGAUAUGUUCCUGAACCCGGAGCUUGUGGUGUCCAGUCAGCAACCCAUGCCGCCAAUCAACACGUAUGCGAACCAGUUCAAUCCCUCGCAGGCACCUUGAGACUUGCCAUGACCGACGUGAUGGCAGUUCACAUGUUCCGGCAGAUGCUGUGUGAUACGAGCACAGCACAUGCUUCCUUCCGCUCUCCAGUCGGUCUGACGAAUCACUGAUACAGGUACCGGCGAAUACCCAGUUCAGCUUACACGCCGGGUGGUACAUCCUUCACAUACCACUACGCUUGUCUUCUUGGACGCAUAGGCACGUCGAUCUGCAACGCAGGUCAAGUGGCAAAUGUGACGAAUCAGCGGCCUCAUAUGUUGCACUCCUCCAUGAUCGACAUCCUUGCAGCUUGGCAUGGCUGCGGGAUAGCUCCAGAUAGCUGGUCGCUCGCUUAGGCUAUCAAUGGCACCACAGUGAGCGUCCUUAUCUUUGGCACGUGUAUGAGUCGACAUACAGCUGUUUCCGUGUCUUUGCGGGCGUCCUGCCUAUUGUAGGAGGUGUGAUAUACGAUCAUACCUUAUACCAGAUACCACGUCGGACGUCGCCUUGAGCGGAACGUUGUGUGAGACAUAUAAAUGCUACCGUGUGGCCACCAAGUAUGUUGGAGCAGCAAAGUCCCAGAUCUUACAAACUCCAGGUCCGCAAUCGCCGCCCUCAACACUGUCGCCUCUCCACAAGAUGAUGAAGUCUGCUAUCCUCUUCGGCCUUGUUGCCUGUGCUGUGGCUGCGCCUACGCACCAUGAGGUGAUCAAGAGAGGAAACUUGCCUACGCCAGUCUCAGCAGCGACGGCCAGGUCUUAUCUGAGCUCGAUUCCGACAGAGGCGGAAAACAACAGCCCAGCUUACGAUCGCGACCUAUUCAACCAUUGGAUCACCAUUUCGGGCAAUUGCAACACUCGCGAGACUGUACUCCAGCGUGAUGGAUCGAAUGUCGUGACUGACAGCGCAUGUGCCUCCACUUCCGGCUCGUGGUACUCUGACUACGACGGUGCAACAUGGACGGCGGCCUCUGACGUGGACAUUGAUCAUCUUGUCCCCUUGAGGGAGGCUUGGGUGUCGGGUGCUCGUAACUGGGACAAUGCUCGGCGACAGCAGUUCGCCAACGAUAUCACUCGACCACAGCUGCUGGCCGUGACCGACAACGUCAACCAGAGCAAGGGUGACCAAGAUCCUGCAGAAUGGCUUCCCAGCCGUACGGCAUAUCAAUGCACAUAUAUUCGUGCUUGGGUUCAAGUCAAGUACUACUACGGCCUGAGCAUGGACAGCGCCGAGAAGACGGCAGUGACUAACAUUCUGAAUGGAUGCUAGAGAUUGGCAGACAUAUACAAAAAAGCAGCUUCUUUUGAUCGGAUCCAAAAAGCUUUUGAGUCGACGUCUCGUCUCCUACUCGUACCAGAAUAGAACUAGCUAGUCCAGCCCAAUCUAGUCAUUGUAGGUACUAUACCAUAUCAC